AUGUCCAGUCCACAGCUUUAUACUUUGACCAUUUGCGCUUGUCGUAAAGAUGGCAUGGAUGAAGACGAAUACCAUCAGUACCUGAGCGAUCAUCAUUCCAAAAUUGUGGCGACCCAUUUGGCAUCAAGGGGAAUCGUUAGUUAUACUAUGACUCACAACACAACUGAGACCAAAAAGAUGAUGAGUCAGAUCUUUGGCAACUUUCCAGAAGGUCAGACCGCUGGAUACGAUUGUUUUAUUCAGAUUGUGUUUAAAGACGUGCAAGACUAUAUUCGAGCAAAGGAUGAUCCAUACUACAAGGAAGUCAUCUUGCCUGACCAUACUCACUUUGCGAAUACUGAAAAGACAUUCUUUGUGACCGGAUGGUUGGAGACGCAUAUUCUCAAUGGACAAGUAGUUCAGGGCUAG